AUGGCCUCGCACCCCCAGCCUGCACCUCCUGGUGACCGUGGGAACAGUGAUCCGGCGAAGGUGCCGCUCCGAACCCGCGGCUCCCGGGGCAGGGCUCAGCUCCGGCGCUGCCGUGUGGACGCUCCCCGCAGCGAGGGAAGGGGGUUCUCCGGCCGCGCCGCGACCCCCUGCGAGGGGCAGCAGGUCGCUGGGUGCAGGAGCUCUUUCCCCACCGGGCUGCGUCUGCGCGGGGAUGGGGUGCCCGAGGGCAGGGCUGAGCCCCCAGCGAUGGCCCUGGGCUGUGUGACGCUGGGGGGCUGCUGCUCGCCACUCCCCCAGCUCCGGCACAGCAGCGCCUGCAGCUCCGCGCCCCUCCGGGCCUGCCUGGGGCGGCUGGCGAGCGCCAGUGUGGCACGGCCCUUUGCUCUCCCGCGGCCUGUUAGAGCUGAUGCCCGUCCGCCCCAGAGAUGCUAUGUGGCUGCCGGGGGGCAGGACGGGGAGGUGCAGAAGGCUCAGCGGGCGGCCGAGGCCAGUGAGGAGCUAGGCCAGCGACCCCCGACCAUCUUCAGCAAGAUCAUCGACCGCACCAUCCGGGCCGACAUCCUCUACGAAGACGACAAGUGCCUCGCCUUCCGGGACGUGGCCCCGCAGGCCCCCGUGCAUUUCCUGGUGAUCCCCAAGCACCCCAUCCCCAGGCUGAGCCUUGUGGCCACGGGGGACACAGAGCUCCUGGGGCACCUGCUGGUGGUGGCCAGUCAGACGGCGAAGGUGGAGGGGCUGGUGGAUGGCUACCGAGUGGUGAUCAACGACGGGAAGCAGGGGUCUCAGUCCGUCUACCACCUGCACUUGCACGUGCUGGGCGGGCGUCAGAUGGGCUGGCCCCCAGGCUGAGCUGGAGCGACGGACGCAGCGCCAGCCCCGCUGGGCAAACCAACUCCUCAAUUAAAGCGCUGUGAGAGAGCC